CUUCAAACCGGAGCUUAGGGAGCAACAUUGUCAGUGUCAUCCGCUGGGAGGAAUUUCCAGAGUGUAGAGUCCUUGUAACAACGCGCCCUCACCUAGAGAACUUCUUCAAUCAAGCGGAGCUUCCAAGGGUAUACACAAAGAUGUGGAUCGAAGGAUUCUCGCAAGAGAUCUCACGAGAGUACAUCGACAAGUUCUUUGCUUCGACCUCGAAUCCUUGUAAUGGACAACAUUUGAAGGAUUAUCUUGGAAAAGAACCACUUAUUGAUGAACUUGUCAAGACACCCCUAUUUUGUCUCAUGAUCUGUCACUUAUGGAGUGAGGGCCUACUUAACAGUGAUACUACAACUCAAACAGAAUUGCUGGACAGGGUGAAUGUUUUUCUAAUGCACCAUGCAAACGCACGAUCAGAGUCAAGAGUAAAAAUCACACCAAACAAGUUAAGGAAAAUAAUUUAUCAAUUAGGCGAAGCUGCCCUUACUGGUCUGCUAGACGAUGCUAAAAAACUAGUCUUCACGCCUCGUGAUUUCCGUAAAGUUCCCGCAACCCUUGAUAGGGCAUGUGAGCUUGGGAUAGUAUCCAAGACGACUGUAACAUCUACACGACUUCCUCAGUCCAAUGAGAUCACUUCCACUACCAUUGAGUUUUAUCACAAACUCGCCCAAGAACACUCGGCUGGGAAAUUCCUCGCUGAUCAAACACACCGCUUUAUGUUACGUUUGAAGAUUUCCAAAUUGGACAGAGUACUGCCCGAGAUCAAAGCAAACAUCGGUGACUACGAGAAUCUUAUCCGAUUCGCUGCUGGCACGGACAACAGCCUCUGUAUACGAAUAAUGAAAGCGCUCCUUAAAAACAGCUUUUUGGAUGAGAGCGAGCGUUAUCGCAUUCUCCUUGACUGUUCAUCAGAGACCAAGGGUACUCAACAAAAUGUAUCUUCGUUGGUUCAAAGAUGUGUCAAUGCAGAGAGGAUUGUUCUGAAGUCACCGACUGUCUACACCGUAGUUGGGAUGCAAAAUCUUCCAAAGCAACUUAAACGUCAGGUUAGGACUAUAAAGUUCGAGGGGUCUACUUUAACUACCGACGUGACGAGUGGACUAUGGUCAUGCCUGGAAUCUUUUUCGGAGCUACGUACUCUCACCAUAUCAGAAUCCUCUCUCAGUUUCUAUCCAUCUCCCCCUGAGCUUGAGUCCGUCACAAAGCUGUCAGCUGAGAGAGUGACGUCACAAAGCUAUGAAGGUCUGCUCUCAUCGCUCCCUGGCUUGACACAUAUCGAUAUCACUAUCGAUGAUGCAGAGAGAGACAUACCUCAGAUCACGGCUGGUCUUCGUCGGACCGGAGGACAGAAGCUCACACGCAUCAACCUUACAGCACCGUCAUCACUCCAAUCAGAUGAGAACAUUGUUGUUUCUAGAGAGUCGGUGAGAGGACUGGGUCGUCUGAUCAGAGAACAAACCAAGGACCUGCAGCGGCUUUGUCUGUCCGGGAUGAAGUGCUUGGACGCAGAAGACUUGGUUGAACUUGUCGAGUCGUCAUCAUAUUUGAAAGCAUUGGACAGUCUGCAUUUUCAGUCUCUUGAUGGUGAUUGUUUCGAAUACGAUCAAAAAUCGGGUUUCCAGGUAACAAAUUGUCGGCUAUCUACUGAUAUAACUGCCAGAAUGUGGUCUUGUCUCAGAUCCUUCACCUCACUGAACCAUCUCACCAUCUCAGACUCCUCUCUCAGUUUCCCUCCAUCUCCUCCUGAGCUCUCGUCCAUCACAAAGCUAUCAGCUAAGAGAGUGACGUCACACAGCUACGAAGGUCUGCUCUCAUCGCUUCCUGGCUUGAGAGAUAUCGAUAUCACUAUCGAUGAUGCGGAGAGAGACAUACCGCAGAUCACGGCUUGUCUUCGUCGGACCGGAGAACAGCGGCUCACACGCAUCGAGCUUAGAGCACCGCCAACGUUCCCAUCAGGGAAGAAGAGUGUAUCGAGAGAGACGAUGAGAGGACUGGGUCUUCUGAUCAGAGAAAAUUUCAAUUACCUGCAGCGGCUGCGUCUGACCUGGGUGAAGUGCACAGACGAAGAAGACUUGGUUUACUUCAUUGAGUGCUGCAGACAUGUGAAGACGAUAUCAACUGUGUGGUUAGACAACUGUGGAACUAGUGAGGGCGGCAGACUGGAAUCUGAUCUCGAAGGUCUUCAAUCAUUAAGUGGCAACCUCUCUGUGUAUGUUUAUCAUGAUUAUGUACUGGGUGAAAAACGUUAUCUCAUUUCUCACAUUGGUUGAGUUCGCCGGCCCCGCUUUGAGUGAAUACACACUACCGGCCAAGCUGACAUGUACUAUUACUUGAUACCUGACAUACAUCAGGACAUCACUUUGAUCGUUGGAGGACCUCAUACAUCAUGUCUUACAUAACUUACACUGAUGACUU